CUCCUCUCCCCCCUCCUCCCCCUUCGCCGCCCCCUGAGCCUCGUCUCCUCGCCCGCGCUCGCGCCCCCUCCCCCACACGCCCGCAUGUCCCAUGUGCAGAUUCCGCCGGAUUUGGCCCCGGCGGCCGACGCGGUCCCAGCCAUGUAUGCCAAUACCGUUGGCCGGGUGUGGUUCGAUGACGACAUGAAGGCCAUUGUCUGGAAGCGCGACUCGGGCCCCAAUGACCCACCCACCCCGGAACCUACCCUCCCCGAGUGGCUGAUCCUGCGUGUCGAUGCGCUUGACAAAUUCCAGCGCUCCCGCAAGAAUCCCCUCAUCAACCUGGUUCCCUAUCAAAAUAGCUUUGUCACAGUGGUCCUGGCCAGCGGCGCCCAGCGGACCAUCAGCCCAGCCACCAACCCCAACGAGAAGAUCCUCCUCCGUGCCAUUGGUCCUGACCCGGAGCAGUCGAAGACUCUCCUGCAAAAUCUGAUUGAGUUUGCCAUGCGGAGAAAGGGCGCCAUCGCUGCGACCGCCGCGGCGCCGCCCCCAACGUCGCCGCUGGUGGUGUCUGCAACGCUGGCCACGGCCGCACCUGCCGGACCCAUGAAAGAACCUCCAGGCUGGGUUCUCAAGGAGCAUGCACUCCGCCGGCACCCGGAGGUGGCCGCCGCUUACAAGCUCCUGGUCAUCGGGGGCAAAAUGACCGACACCGAGUUCUGGUCCUCGCGAAGGGAUCUCCUCCGGUCGGCGGCCAUCGCGCGUGACUUCGACCAGAAGCGCUCGGCCGCCCCCCAGCGUGUGGCCAACAUCCAGGCAGCCUGGGGCCAGGAUGAGGAGAGCGCCGCCUCGGCGCCGGCUGGCUCGAACAGUGGCACGACCGACGCCGGGACCGCGGUCCAGGGAACCGGGCCGACAUUUGUCUUCACGCCGGCCCUGGUCCGGACCAUUUUCGUCCAGUUCCCCCGAGUGCGACAGCUCCAUGCGGCCAAGGUGCCACACGAGAUCUCCGAGCAAGAGUUCUGGAAGAAGUUUGUCCUCGAACUGGAGGACUUCAACAGCGACCGGCCGAUGUUCUUCCCCACGACGUCGGCGUCGGCCCUGCCGCGCGGGGGUGCCGCCUCGCUGCGGCUCUUUGACGGCGAGGACGCCGUGGUGGCUGCCGAGAUUCUGGCCAUGCGUGAGACCCCCCGCGUGGGGGCUCUGCGCCUGGUGGAUCUGGAGUCCACGCGUGAAGACUUCGUGCAUGACAAUGUCAUCGUCCAGACCGAGAGCGGGGAACGCCGGCAAGCGCUGGACAUCGCACGGCGUUGCCACCGCCUGGCCUCGUCGGUCCUCUUUGGUGCCGACGUGACAUCCAUGUCCCCAGGACUGAAGGCUGUGGCGUCCAGCCGGAAUCCCACAGACGCCCAGGCCCAACUGCGCCUUCGGGCCGGCUCGCAGCCCGGCCUGGCCCUUCCUCUGGAGAAGGCUCGGCAGUAUGACCAGUACAAUCGCCAGCUGUCGCAGCGCUUGUUGGACGCGUCGACGCGCUUGGUGGACUUGGAGCCUGCUGCUCCGCCUCAGCAUGACUCCCUUCACAUUGUCGACACGACGCGGUUCUUCGGCGGGGCGGCGAGCUUCCUGACCGAAACGCCGGCCUCAAGGCCGGCUGAAGCCCCUCCCGAGGCCGAACCUCCGGCCAAGCGUCUCCGCUCGCAUGGGGAUAGUCAAGUCGGCCCGGCAGGGCUUCUUCAUAGCAUGUCCACUUGGUCACCGUCUCUCUCGUCGGUGGCAUUCAGCCCAUCCGGCACAUCGCAUCUCGCCGAAGAGCUCCGCUCCUCCGGCAAGCGUGUUCAGGAGAUGGCCCGCUCGGCGUCCAACGCUGCCAGUGUGGCCGACACCCGCCUGCCGAAGGUGGUCAACAACUCGCUUCACAUCCACACCAUGGUCACGAAGGAGCUGCUCAAGCAUUACUGGACCGCCUUGCUGGCCGUGCAGAAGACUCCCCCCAAGACUUCGGCACACGAGCUUUCCGCCCAACGCCUCACCACCCUGCAACAUUCGCUGGCCAAGCAACAUGCUGACCUGAAGGAGUUCAGCGAUCGCGCUCGUCUGGACCUGCCUCCCUCACAGGCGGAGCUCGUAGCCAAGAACGUCGACUCCCUGUCCCUGAUGAUCGGCCAGGCCAACACAGCGGCCGAGCGGGCGAUGCGCCGGCGGUGACCCCCCCCCCCUCCACAUACACACGUCGCCAUACUCUGGCACCUGACCAACCCCAUAUUGAGUGCCAACGCACGUGGCGACUGUUUUCCCACACUCCGGGUGUGCCCUCCAGCGCGGCGGGACUCAAAGCGCGCGCGUUGGAAUAAUGCUGUUUUAUUCUAGUUCUUCUCACAUCGGCCAUUGACCCAGUCUGAG